CUCCGACAAGCGUGGUCACGACAAAUGACAGGGUGGUGGAGGAGGAGGCGGAGAGGGGCAGCAGUGACAUCCAUCGCCCGUGAUGUAGCGCCACAGCGGACGCGAGUUUCCUCGGAAUCUCGGGAUCUGAAACGCGGCGGACGCGCGGUCACUUUUUGCGCCGCGUGUCCGUCAUUGGAGGACGCGGGUGUCAAGCGAAGCCUGGUCCGUGUGGCAAUUGGUCCAGAUGAAGUUUUAUUGUUGCAAAUCGUGGUGGAAGCCCAACCAGGAAGAGCGCGCGCGCGCACACACACACACACACAGACACACACACACGCAGACACACACAUACCGUCCUCUCUCUCUCUCUCUCUCUCUCUCUUCACUCCUCCCCAGCGCUCCCAGUUCACGGAGCUCCACCAUCGCACCAGUCCGGCGUCCUUCUCCCGUCUCUCAACACACACACACACACACACACACACAGACACACACACACACACACACACACACACACACACACCGCCGCCUCCCUCUCUCUCUCUCUCCCCUCUUUCCUACCCGCAGGAGGAAGCGUGUCGGCGAGCCGCCCUGUGGAGAAGCAUGUGAUGACUCACGCAAGGCAGAAGGGUUCCCUGAAGCAGAGCGACGGCAGCGUCGAGUGGUGGGACAACUGCCCUCUUUGGCCACAUGGUGGCGCCAUGGGCGGCGCCUGGCCUGAGCGCUCUCUACGAUUCGGGAGGACUAAGAAGAUGAGCGAGAUCAUCAAACAGAGGAAAGAUCCGGCCAAGAAGAUGAGUGACAAGAGAGGGAGGACGGAGAAGUCGGAUCAGAAGAGGAAACUCGACAGGAGGCGCGAAAAGAAACGUGACAGGAAGUCGUACCCUUUGCGAGGGAGGGCCGGAGUUUCAGACGGGGAGGGGCUCAGCUGUCACGUCCUCCUCACCCGACUGGAAGAAAGCAUCCGCGAACAGGAGAGCUCUGACGAGAGGAAGCGAAAGGAUGCACGCCGACAUUCAUCUGUCAAGCCCAAACGUAGAAAAGGGAAAGGCAGUGAAAGAAAAGACAAGAAGACGUUACCAAAAACCAAAUCAAAGUCAAACAGUCCGAGUCACGGCAAGUGUGUUUUUAUUGCACAACCUCGCAAGCGCAGACUGGCCUCUCUCAAUGCUGAGGCGGUGAACAGUCUACUGCUUGAAAGAGCUACUGACCCCCAGCCGGCAGCCAAGCAGGCCAGAAGACAGGAAGAGCCCACGAAUGGAGGGGUCUGCCUGGAUGCAGAUCCAGCCAGGAGUGGCGUCCCUGGAGGUCUGAAGGCUUCGCGGAGAAAGACCACUAAAGCCUCCACGUCUCGCAAACUUGAACUGUGCCAAAGCUCUAAGCAGGCCAAGAAGGCCAAAGCCAACCGAGAGGAGAGCGGCUGGAUGAGUCAGGAGAGUCUGCACGCCCCCACCCCCAGGAGGUUGGCUGGACUCAACGCUGCGGCCCUGCUGAAGUUAACCAGCUCCUCUGCUACCAGCAAACAGAGAGUAAAGGCUGCACCCACCGCUACUGUCACGUCGGACUGCAAGGCUCCCGAUGCCGCCUCAACCCCGAAACAGCAUUCCAGAGUCAAACACAAGGGGCGUCCGCAAGAGCAGAAGGGGAAGAAGGUCCCUCCCCUGCACAGUGGCUGCACCACCUGCAAGAACAAGGCGGACUUUGAGCCCAAAGUGGAGUGGGAGACCGGCAGCUGCACCCAUCGACUGACCAAACCCGGCUACCAGUCACGCUCAAUGCUAGCGUACCCGUUGAAGCAAGUGAAGGAGGAGCAGAUGGAGACCGAACUGAGCCCGUACUACUGCUGCCCCCCCGAGGGCUCAGUGGAAUACUGCCACCGCUUGGCCUUCUUCCUGGGCCAGCAGCCCUACGGAGAAUCAGACGAUCAGCCGCUGAACUCAGCCAUGCCACCUGUGAAGCGCGAGUGCCUCGUAACCUCACCGUCCCUGACGCAUUCCCACCCGCACACGGCCCUGACCCUCAGCCCUCACCCCUGCCUGUGCACCGCCGAUCACUGCUUCUCCAGCUACUACGUCCACAUCGCCCACCCGACACACACUGGAACGGCGUCGUCGAGCCUGACCUCGCGACCUCUGAACUUUGCACCCUCCAGUUUAUGCCCUAGUCGGAUGACUGGCUCCACCAAGCUGCUGGGUCCGCGGAUGUCCCACGCCUCGGGGCUGGCCCACCCCGCCUACUGCAACUCGGUGGCCUCGCCCUGCUACGGUGACAACUGCGGGAUCGGCGGCUACGCGUACAGAGCGAUGCCUCCUGUCAACAGCAGGGGUUGUUCUUUCAGCACGGGAUGCACUGGAUGCACACACAGCAUCAAAACAGAGGGUUACUCCUCCCCUCAGGGUGACCACAGCCCCUCCCUCCUGGUUCCCCCCUCCCUGCCCAUGUCCAGCUGCCCUCUAUCCAGCGUGCCCACCUCCACCCAGACCAAACCCCACCUGCUGACCCCCCUGUCGGGGAGAGACCAGCCCCAGGCCAGGUUAAAGCUGGCCAGAGAAUGCCCACAGACCACCAAGCCCUCCAACGGCUCCCUGUCCAUGGGCCGCACACGGCUGAACCAGAAACAGCCGUCACCCUUGCCAAGCCUCAGCAGCACCAAACAGAAGAGAGUCAGCCGCCGACGCGCCACCAACGGCUGGCGGCCUGUUGGAGUGCCUACGGAGAGGGAGGUCUUCAUUGCGGGAGAGGAUGAGACGGCCCUGCGGCGCUGUUAUGAAGGAGUGGAGAGGGACGGUGAAGUGAUACAUGUCAGAGACACUGUGCUGCUACGAUCCGGCCCCAGGAAGAAAUCCCUCCCAUAUGUUGCCAAGAUAUCAUCGCUGUGGGAGGACCCCAAGACAGGAGAGCUGAUGAUGAGUCUGUUCUGGUACUACCGACCCGAACACACCCAGGGAGGCCGAGAUCCCAGCGCACACUGUGAGAAUGAGAUUUUCGCCUCUCGGCAUCAGGAUGAAAAUAGUGUUGCCUGCAUAGAAGACAGAUGCUACGUUCUCCCACUAGCCCAGUACUGUAGAUUUUGUGCCUUGGUGAAGCGGCGUGCCGAAGGCGCCUCACCUGGCAGCGCCAGCAUGGUGCCCUGCCGCCCCGACUUCGCCCCUCCUUCCCACCGCUGUGUGCCCACGGACGUCGACCCCGAGCUGGUGUAUCUCUGCCGGCACGUCUACGACUUCCGCUACGGACGCAUCCUGAAGAACCUGCAGUAGAGGGUAGAGGGGGUGUCAUCGUACCCAUGAAUUAAUCAUAACAUGGCUCCCCCUCCCAACACAGAGGACGAGGGGUUGCUCAAGGACUGAACACCCCUGUCUUUCCUGCUGAUGACGCUCCCGAUCAAGAGGGAAGGAGGAUGAUGUGGCGGGGCUGGAAUUCGAAGCAAAAAGUGUUUGUGACACAUUACGAAGCACAGAUCCCUUUAGUUGACUACAGAGGGGUGACAGAUGAAUCCAUCUCAGUCAGAGCACCAAGAGUUCAUCCAUCAGCUCGGGAGUUUUCAGCCUCCGCACCGCUCUGAGGUUGCGUGGAGGCUCGUGUGCCCCCCUUUUGCCUGCCAGGAAUGCCGAACACCAGACUGAACUGGGCUCCUGUCAGGGCCGCGUCCCCCCCCCCCCCCCCCCCCCCACCCCCUCCUCACCCACCCCCACCCCCAAAAAGCAUCUUAGCACAACAAUCAUGUUUGUUUCAUUUGUAAGCCAGUGGCUCAGGAACGGUCCGGCGCUAAGGUGCUUUCCAUGGGGAACACGAGCGCUGCACUGUCAGCUCGAUGUUAACGGUGUUCAACCAGCCGGGGUGACGGAGCAGCUAAUGGAGAGUGUCGUCUUGUUCCUCCUGAUUUGAGUUUGUCUCACUCGGGUGUGUGUGUGUGUGUGUGGAACAGAGAGUGUUGUCGGUGUGGAUAAAUGGAUAAAUGUGGGUAUGUGCGAUGGGUUUUUUUUUAGGAGGCUUUCAGGCAAUCAAACCAAACAAGCAGCUUUAGAGGAAGCAGAGCUCUCUCUCUCUCUCUCUCUCUCUCUCUCUCUGCCCCCCCCCACGUCCUCUCUCCUGACACUGACAGAUACAUGUUCAUCUCGCGUGACGCUCAGCGCAAACUAAAAUACUGCACCUGAAGAAGAAAGGUGGUGGGGCGGAGGGGGUUUGUAUAGAUCUGUCUCUACCACACUUGACUCCAGAGCAGGGCUUCUUUAACGUCGGGGUCAGGACACUAAAAAUGGCUCCUUCAUUAGUGAGAGCACACGUGACAGAAGUCCCAGCGGAGAUCCGAACUUCGAAUCUGAAUCCGAAGUCGGAUCAGAUGUUUAAAGCCUUUACUGAGAGUCUCCUGAGCUGUGUGAAGGCUCAUCGUAUCGAGGGGCCAUCGCUUAUUGUUUUUGUUUGCUUUUCCUUUUCACCUCGGCUGUUCCCUGUGACUUGCCUUACGACUUGCAGGCAGCUUGUCUCGAACACACACACAAUGAGAAGGCGGUAGACGCGGGCGCGCUGCAGUCCCAGAUUGAAUGAUUGACACGAUCAAUGCACAACACGCUGGUGUAGCGCUGCAACCGAUGAUCGUUUUCAUCAUCGAUGAAGCGUCUUGUCCAUGAAAAAGACACAGAAUAGUGAAGAAUGACACAAGACGGCGUGUUCGGCUGUCCUGUUUUGUCAGUUUACUGUUGUGUAUGACAAAUUAAACAGGAAGUGACUUGAAUCAUAAUCUGAUCGUCUAAAUUCCUUCGUAUUAAUUUGAAGUUGAUCAACCGAAACGGGAAAUCCAGGUAUUUUUCAAACCUUGGCUCUUUAUUUCCAUGUUUUUGUGUGUAAAUGGUUCAAACUCAUCGAAUUGUUUGGCGCUGGUCCAGUAGAUCGCCUCAGCUGGCAGCUGCAGCACCGCUACAACGACUGCAGUGUAGUAAUUGGGGCACCUGUGACCGUCACAUGCUGAAAUUGUUAUCCGACGACAUUGCGGAUGCGUUUCCUGCAGAGAUGGAGUGUAAGAUCUUCUUUUGCAACCAGAAACUGAAGUCUUGUUCAGGGACUAGCCUGAGGUGAGCUGCUGCAGGAAGACAAAGGUGGAAACACGAGUUCCAGGUUAACUUAGAGGAACUGCCAGCAAGAAUUAAUAUCCAAAAUCAGGGCAGAGCUAAUUUUGUACAAUCUAGACGACACGACAGCUGAAACAACUCCCCGUUCUGUGGUUUCAGACUUCUCCACAAAUGAGACUUGCGUGUUUCUGGUCAAUAAAAGGGUUUUGAACUGUGUCAGAAAGGUUCGUCUCUGUAGGAAUCAUGUCUAUAAUGAUGCCAGACAAUUAAAACAAGCAUUUAAAGUGGACGUAUAUGUCUUUGAUGGUUUGAGUUGGAUUACACUGCAGUCACAGCAGCAGUUGUCGCGGCUGCCAGCUGAGGCAAACGGAUACCAAAGCUUUUGUUACGUAUGAAUCAUUUACGCACCAGAACAUGUAAAUUUAGGGGCCCAGGGGCUGAAAAAAUAUACCAGCAUCUCCCUCGAUUCCACUCCUGGCUGCAGCUCUGGUCACAAACACAGCGCGCCGCUCGUAUAUCGCCCGUCUGUUGUUCUCCAGCUGCUCGCGUUGUGUCCCGAAGCAUCACAACGUCAGUUCUGUCCGUUCUGAUUCUACAUCCUGAAGGUUCCCUCCUCCUCCUCCUCCUCCUCAUCCUGCCCCUCCCCCGCUCCUGAAAAUAAACCAAAGGAUGUCACACAAGCCAGAGUCCCCCCGUCUCCUCCCCUCGCUCCUCAGCUCUUCUGCCCACCUUCACUUAUUAUAUUGCACUAAUCCAUUCCUUAAUUACAACAGACACAUUUUUUUUUCUUUGUUUCUUUUUGGUUUGAGCUUCUUAAGAUCUCACCAGGGGGGAAACAUGCUGUUUAUGUGUAGCUUAUGUGUGUGCAUGUGUGUGUUUGUGUGUGUGUGUGUGUGUGUGUGUGUGUGUGUGUGUGUGUGUGUGUGUGUUUUGUAUAGAAGGAUGCAAUGGCUGCUUUUGUCUGUAUAUUUCUAUACUUUCACCUGUAGAGGAGUCGGCCAGCGUGUUUCUUUCUCGUCAUGUUACCUGAUGCACAACCUGAUGAAUCCCAUGGAAUAUUUACAGUAUAUAUAUAUGUAUAAAUAUAUAUACACAUACAUAUAUAUAUUACUAGAGUCAUUCCAUUUGACUGCUCAAUCAGCUCUGACAUACUUAUAUAAAUAUACGGUAUAUAUGUAUGUAUCCACACUGUUGAUGUGAUUAGAGGUCAGAGAGGCGUGACGCGCUGUGUGGAUGAAACGUAGCACCAUGUUAGACGUGUGUUCGGAUGAAACGUGGGGGAUCGGGGGGAGGGAUGGUGUUUGAUACGUAACCGAGUCGCGGUGGCUCAUUCAUUGCCUUUUAACCUGCAAGUGUUGUACUGUCACUCAGAAGUAGUGUCGGAGUGUGUGUACCUUUUAUUUUUUGUUUUGUUUUGUUUUUGGGAAACAUAAAGAGUACCCGAUCGCUUUCCACCCCCUCCAACACCACGCAGCAAACGCCCCCAAACAUUGGAUGAGAAGUUUUUUCGACACUCUAAAAAAAUAAAAAGCCAUCUUUAACUUUUUUCUCUAUUAAUCCAAAACAAAAACAAACAAAAAACCCCCGAUCUCUGGGUUUUUAUUCUUUCUAGUAACGCCCCGAUUCUAUUCUUCAUAGAGGUAAUAUAUAUAUAUAUUCUCCUACUUUAACAAUUUCUCCUUAGUAAGAAUAUUUUAUUAUGUCAGUUUCCUAAGAUGGCAUAUGCAAUAUAUUUUUAAGCCUACUAUUUUUGAAAAAAAAUAAAACCUUACGAGUCGAGAAAAAAGAAUAUGCAUUAUUUUGUUAAUUUAACUUCAAAAAUUUAGUUUUUAAAAGUGAUCACAGCGUUAAUUGAGAUUUGACCAAAUGGAAGAAAGAGAGAAAGAAAGAAGGAGAAUGAAGGGAGUCGAUCGCCGUCACGUGACCUCUGAGGUCGUGUGCGUCUGGCGGCGGUGAGAAUUUCCCCCUCCUCGCCAUUUUCUGAUGAAGUGUACAUAUCUGAACCCAGGAAGCACCGGGCACUCUUUAAAAACAAGCAGACAGCCAAUGCACAGUGUAGUAUUUUUGCAAGAUCUGUAAUAAUUAUAUUUAAAAUAAGAAAAAAAGGAUAUUUAAAUGGAGUAAAAAAAAACCCGAUACAAUAUAUUAAGAUUUCAAUUUAACUUAUUUGGAAAAUACUGUGUCUAAUUGAUUAACUGUAUCCUGUUUCUUUGUGCUCCAGGAUAGAAGUGGUUUUUCUGUUUUUAUUUGUAACUUAUGAGUUUAGAAAUUUAAAAAAUGAUGGCGUGGCUGUUGUUGACGGAGAUGUAAAAAAAUGUUGUUUUUAGUUUGUAUGGUUUUAGUUUUAGUCAGGGAGGUGGAGAGACCAGACCAAAGCACUCCCUGGCGGACGGUGGUGGGGGGAGCAGAAGUGGGAUCACAGACACAGAUUUGAUUCCACUUCGAGAUAAUUCAGAAGUCAAAUCUGACCCGAGACCUGUGGAGAGAGACGACUUCUGGCUCUCCCGCCUAACCCGACCGACCUUAAGUGUGACGUUUGGGAGAAUGCCGCGGUCACCUGAGCUUUUAUUGAUUCGUCCUAUCAGGGGAGAGACAAGGACGGUACACCUGAGACAGGACGGGACGUCCUCUGGGCUCGAGAAGAUCCCCUCAGGUGCUGAUCCGAGACCAGUCUCCCUCCUCUAAAUUUAGCCAGAUAUUCUGAAGGGUUCGCAGAAGGAGUCAGGAAUUAGGGACUGUGUGAAAAUGACUAGGGAGGUGCAAAAAGGAGAGGGUGUUUUAACAUUUCUCACCCAGGAAUUACAUAUUUUUUCUUGAAUUCUAGCGCAAAAAUAUGACUUUUUAAAGCUGCACUAUGUAGAAAUUUUACUUAGAUGGAUCUUCAUUGACUGAUUUAUUUUUAUUUUUAUUUUUUAUGCCAAAACAAACUAAAUCAACAAGCUCCUUUUUGUUGUCAUGGCUGAAUAAACAAACUGACCAACACAGUUUCAUACUUUUUCCACUUUGUUUAUACGUGGCGGACCCUGCCACCUUUCUAUCUUCAAACAGUGUUCUGGGGACGUUCCUUCCCUCUGAGAACAGCUUGUUUAUGCACUUAUGGAUUGAUUUUUAUUGUUACCUCGUUAAUAGUGUGAGUUUGAAUUUAAUCUCCAAAACUACAUAAUGUCCCUUUAAGUGUUUCAGCAACAAAAGAGCUGCCACCGUGACAUGUUGUUAUGUGAGGUUAUUAUUAUUAUUAUUUUUUGCAAGUCAGGGUCCAGAGAAGACAUGUUUAAUGAUGCGGGGGAGCUUUUUUAAAAACUCUUUUUAUAAUAAGUAUAUAAUUUAAUAAAAGAAGAUGGAAGAUUUUUGUUCCUCUGCUGCCCCUAAUAAUUUUCACACAGUCCCUUAGUGGCUUCAUUAAGACUACAUGGUUUCUCAAUUAAUAAGUAAGCAGAUCAAAUUGAGGAUUUGCUGAAACAGCUUCUCCCACCAUCCAAAUCAGCUGGCCACCGUUUGCCUUUCUCCCAGAUGUGCAUUGACCUUGUUCGUCCCCUAGAGGGCAGGAAUCCUGUGUGUGCAGAGGAACCGGCUCACGGCCACAACCUCAACGCUGUUUCACGGCUUUCUCCUCCUCCUCCUCCUCCUCCUCCUCCUCCUCCUCCUCCUCCAUGUUUUCUCUUGCAUCCUCAUCUUUCUGGCUACUGGAGAGUGAUGCAGGAACUUUUUUUUUCUGGAGGAGGAGAUAAAAGAAAAGCUGAGUCAGGGGAAGUGGCCGUGAGUCAUCCUCCUCCCGAGUGCUGGCCCGGCCCUGCAGUUAAAAAAAAAAAGAAAAAAAAAAAAAAAAGCAUGGACUAGAUUGUAUGUUAUUAUUCAUGUGACUUAAUUUUCCUUGCUGCUUUUUUUUUCUUCUUUUUUUUUCUUUUUUUGCAUGGUGUGCAUCCGCUGUUGCCAUGACAACAGGGCUAGGUCAGUACUCUGGGGCAGGGGGGGGGGGGCGGGGAGUGGAGGUCAACCUCCGCUGAUGUCACACAGGAAGUGUUUUCACUCCAUGAGUCAACAAAACAAAAGCACCCGACCAACCCAUGAGAUUCUGCUUUCUGUGUGGUCCGUAUCGAUGCUUAUUGUCAACAUAUAUUUUGAUAUAUUUGGGGGAUAUAAGGUAAAAAAGAAAAAACGAAAAUGAAAAAAAAAAAAAAAAAGUCUAGAUAUUUUUGGAGUAGAGAAGCAACGUGUGUAUCGAAUUAAUGUCACUUUGUCACGCUCUCUGAAAUUUUUUUUGGAAGAAUUAUAUAACGAUCCCUACUGAUUUAAUGUUCCAUUGAAAGAAUAUUUAUAAAUUUUAAGUCCUUUGUGAAAAAAAACCAAACAA